GGGCAACAGCUAAGGCGAGCGAACUAUCUAUAUCCCGCCCCUUUUCUCGUGUCUAUUCAACUCUCAUUCAAAACAGAACACAGCUGUUGCAGAGCACACCGCUUUUGGCUUUGUAGGAGCCUCUGAAAUUUGUUGGGGUCGAGUUUCCCUACCCGAAAAGAGGAAUUUGGCACCCAUUUCUGUGUGAUUGCAGUGUGAGGAGGACACAGACAAACACACCCACUCUCUGAGCCGUAAAGAGGCAGCCAUACCUCAGCUCUCAAGCACAAUGCCCAUCUGACACACAACUAAGUGCACACACUGAGGAUGAGUAGUGCUGUACUGCACUGACAGACAGAUGGUGUGGGAAUGAUGGACCUCCCCAAUGGCCAAUCAAGCGUCACCACCGCUGCUGCCACUGCCUCGGAGAAGAGCAGCAGCUCAGAGUCUCUCAGUGAGAAGGGUUCUGAGCUGAAGAAGAGUUUUGAUGCUGUCGUCUUCGAUGUCCUGAAGGUUACCCCUGAGGAGUAUGCAGGUCAGAUCACUCUCAUGGAUGCUCCGGUGUUCAAAGCCAUUCAGCCUGAGGAGCUGUCAAGUUGUGGCUGGAACAAGAAGGAGAAGCACAGCUCUGCCCCUAAUGCUGUGGCCUUCACCCGCAGGUUCAACCAGACAACUUUCUGGGUGGUGAGGGAGAUCCUUCAUGCUCAGACCCUGAAGAUCAGAGCUGAGGUACUCAGUCUGUACAUCCGAACUGCCAAGAAACUGUGUGACAUAAACAAUCUGCAUGCCGUGAUGGCUGUGGUGUCGGGCCUACAAAGCGCUCCCAUCUAUAGACUCUCCAAGACGUGGGCGUUGUUGAGUCGGAAGGACAAAGCAACGUUUGAGAGGUUGGAGUACCUCAUGGCCAAAGAAGACAACUACAAGCGUCUGAGAGACUACAUACGCAGCCAGAGCAUGAACUCCUGCAUACCAUACCUGGGUAUGUAUCUGUCUGACCUGACGUAUAUAGACUCAGCGUAUCCCUCUACUGGCAGCAUCCUGGAGAAUGAACAGAGAUCCAACCUCAUGAACAACAUCCUGAGGAUAAUAUCUGACCUGCAACGCUCCUGCACCUACGAUAUACAAGUGUUGCCUCAUGUCCAGAAGUAUCUCAACUCAGUCAUGUACAUCGAGGAGCUACAGAAGUUUGUGGAGGAUGACAACUACAAGUUGUCGUUGAAGAUCGAGCCAGGCUCCAGCACCCCCCGCUCCACUGCCUCUAGAGAGGACCUUAUAGGUUCGGAUGCAUCUGGGUCUCCUCUGUGUGGUCGUAAGGGCCCCAUUGCAGACGGAACCAAAGUCCCUCCCACGCCCCCCUCCCCCCGGAACCUCCUCCCCUACGGACACAGGAAGUGUCACAGCCUGGGCUACAAUUUUAUUCAUAAGAUGAAUACGGUAGAAUUUAAGAGCGCUACGUUCCCCAAUGCUGGUUCUCGUCAUCUAUUGGACGACAGCGUCAUGGAGAGCCACACCCCUACGAGAGGACAGGCCGAGAGCUCAACGCUCUCCAGCGGCAUCUCACUGGGGAGCAGUGAAGGUUCAGAACUCAGUGAAGAGAUGUCCUGGCCAGCCUUUGAGAGGACUCGGUUCUAUCACUCUCUGGGCCCUGUGACCCGCGUGGCCAGAAUCCCCUACAGAGGAGGCCUGAGGCCCAGCAGCUCUGCUGAGUCUGAGGAGUUAGCAGUGCACCUGUACCCUGGAGCCGUCACCGUGCAGGGAGUCCUACGACGCAAAACGGUCUUCAAGGAGGGCAAGAAACCCACAGUGGCGUCUUGGACCAAGUUCUGGGUGGCUCUGUGUGGAACUCAGCUCUACUACUACCAUGCCAAGUCCCUAAAGGCCACAGAGAGAAAGCACUUCAAGUCGUCUAGCAGUAAGAGUGUGUGUGUUGUGGGGUUAAUGGCCAUCAUGUCAGACGACCCUGAACAUCCUGACGUCUUCCUGCUCACAGACUCGGAACGCGGUAACACCUAUAAAUACCAGGCAGGGAACAAAAUGAAUGCCCUUCUGUGGUUCAAACACCUCAGUGCUGCCUGCCAGAGCAACAGACAACAGGUAACACACACACACUCACACACACAUACCCACACCAACCUGCUCUCAUGCCUUUUUCUCUCUCUCUCCAGGUCCCAGCCAAUCUGAUGUCCUUUGAAUGAGUGCUGCUGUAGAGGACGGAGUGGUAGAGCUAAAAUAGAGGAAGAGGGCUAGUGACUCAGCACCAGGAGCUUUCACUGCCAUGACCCCAAAACUAUAACCCCAGCCCCACUGGAGCCCCACCUGCCACCACUGCCUUAACCUAAGGAGCCGUGUGUGUGUGUGUUGAAGCAGUGGUUAUUAUGGUGGCAUAGACUACUGAAUGAAGACCUAAACCACUUCUCUCUCGUUCUCUCGCUCUGUUGUUUUUGCCUGUGGAACUAUGGGAUGUCUCUCCUCUCCUCUUUCUUGGAUGCUUCUUAAGGAAGGAUGGGUGGACAUGAUUUAUCCUUGGUUUCCCUCACUCCCUCUCUUCUUGACAUACUGUGCUCUGGUGGAAGAUGGACUCUGCCCUUUCUAGGGCUGGACUCACACACACACAAUACUGGACUAACCCAAUGGAAUGGGAUUUCAAACACACUCCUUUAUCACACUUUGGUUCACAAACUCCCUCACACACAAGACUCCAAUGGCCUCUUCACACUUGAGUUGGGCUCACAAAACGGACACUUUUUACACACAUUCACUCCCCCCUUCUGAGAGUGUGUGUGAUUGGCCUGUGUGAUUGCAGCAUUGUGAACAUUAAGGGCUUUGAUUCUCAAAUCUAUUCCAGCAUAAACCACUCCCACACACACACACACACACACAUGUCCUGAAUGUAUCCUACUGUUUUAUAUUCCAGAGCCUCUCCUCACCGUGUGUGUGUGGGGGGUGGGGGGGGCACACUAUAUAUAUGGUAAGUCUCAUCACGGGAAUGAUAAACCCAGACUCUAAGCUUUCCUCUAUUCCACCUUUAUGGACCCAGUUAUAUCGCUCUUAUAAACAGGCUUUAUAUGUUGUUCUCUCUGGACCACUGUCUGCUCUGUCCACAUGUUAAAGCUUGAGAUUCACCAGAACACACGCGUGUACACACAAUAACACUAAAGACUUGAAAGCUGUGAAAACGUGAACGAUGAAAUGUUAACCCCAGAAAAAUAAUUGAUCUCCCACUUCCUUUUUUUGUUAUUGCUUGAACAUAAGAGGGAACUACAGGUUCUGACCUGACCUGCUUUACACAUCUGAGUGUUUUAUACACACACACACACACACACACACAGCUAUCGGGAGCCAUUCAGAAUCCAUUUGAAUGAUUAUUUUGUUGGUUAGUGUUUUCUGUUACCUUGGUGUUGUGUUGGACGUAUCCACAGUAUUAUCCUGUAGAUGACUUGCACAUGUCUAGCGUAUUUGAAUUGUCUGUUACAUUUCAUUUCUGGCCUCUUCUCUUUAUUUUGAACAUGUUGUACCUUUUUACUUGUUUUCAAUUUUAUUUGUGUAGUGUUUUUGUUUUCUCACCUAUGAGUUUGUCACAUAGGGUUACGGUACAGAUCUACUGCUCUAUUGCCUAGUUCCAUGUCAUCCUCUUGACCCAUCGCCUGGUCACUACUCAUGGCAUCUUCAAUUAAAGCUAUAGAUAGGUGUAAGCAAGUUGUUGAUGACUCCACCUAACCUUCCAAUUGGUUGAGAGAAGCUUCCUCCAAAUUUCUUACACCUAUCCAGUCCUUUCAGAUCUGUGAACAGUUAAGGAGUACGCGCUAGAGGGAGGGGCUAACAAUUUGAAGUAGACCCAGCCAGAGUGUGUAUGGUUUGGGACAUUGGUUUGGGACUCAACCCUGAGUGUGUGCCAAUAUACCAAACACACAUUUUUAUUCCGAUUUGUGAGAAAAUGUUAGUUAGAACAAAUUAAAUGAAUACGGUGUUGGGAAAUGAUGGUGUGGUCACGUUCUCAUACUACUCUCAGAAAGGACUUACCACUAGUAAAGCGUUAUCUUGCAUCCUCUCCUGACUGUUUCCGUCUCAACCUGACAGUCAGGUUAGGUCCUGACUUGUAACAAUGGAUCUCCCAUCUGUCCAUAUAUUUUGCAUGUCUAUUGUUUACAUAGAGGUCCAGCAAGUUAGCAUCACAUUCCUUACACCUCAAACUGACACUAUGUACUCUAGCAGCAAGAGACUCCAACUCCCAUGGGCCAGUGCGGCAACAGUUGUCUUAUGUCCUGUAGAGGCUAAGCUAAUGGGAGAAGGUAGAACUUAUCCAUAACCAUUGAUACAAGGCCAUAUAUUUAUUCACCCCUAAUGGUUAAGGUUAAGAUUGGGGUUGGUGUAAUCUGAUCCGAGAUCUGUUGUUUAGGGCAACUUCUACAUAUUCCAUUUCAGACUCAUUUCCGAUGUGCUCUGCUCCUCAGCUCCCAGCAGUUAUACCACACACAGCUACAGCUCCAUUAAUAGCAAGACUCCAGCAGGGCUAUGUCAUACACAGACUAGAUGAGGAAGCCAGAGAAAGAAAGGAAUGAGAGGGGUAGUAUGAGUAUGAGUGUGUAAAAAUUAUUUUUGUUUACCUGCUAGAAAGCAUUAGACGGACAGAGCCUCGUGGCUGCCAUUUCUUCACUGUUGAGCAGUGGGUAAAUCUGUAUAGAAUGUGGUAUAGCAUAUUCUGUGUGGAGUGCGAUUGAACAAGGAAGGAUAUAGUAGAAAUAGAGGGGUGAAUGGAACUCUGAUGCAACAGGAGCUGUACAGAGAAGCCGACAGACUGACGCUCCCCACAGAAGACCAGCAGAGGAGAAAGUAGUCUUUCUCUCUGUUCUCCUUUUAUCCCUCUCACGGGCCUCUCCUGCACAUCUCUCUCCCUUGGACAUAGAGGGCUUCAAUGCAGGCUGAAGAGAGGCAGAUUAAAUGGCAGACAGGAAUGCUCCCGUGUAGUGUCACAGUGCUGACGUGAGGGAUGUGGAUGCCUAUAGGGAAAGGGUUAGGAGUGAGUUUUUACAAUCUGUUAUGGUGGGCUUUUUGUUUGAGAAAUAUCAAUGUCAAAAUGGUUUCCACAGUUUGUGUCCAUGUACAAAUACACAACCAGCUGUGUAUUAUUUUACUGUCAAGAGUAAAGUUUUGUCUGCAGUGUUCAUUUUUUUUUUUUUGAAAUUCUUUAACAGUUCAGCUGAGAUGACUGGGUGGUGUGUGGUUAACAUGAGAGGGGCGUGUAGUGGUGUUUUUGUGUGCUUUAGGGGUGGAGAAUUUGCCCGCAGCUCAAGGGUCAACUUAAUUCCCUUUAAAUCCAAACUUUAACCAUUAGGGGAAAAUGUCAAACUGACCUGAUCAGUUUCUAGAAGAUACAUCUAUGUGCUCUAUAUGGCUCAGUUUGAGAGUGAUGUUUAUGAUGUGUUGACGACGUCACUUAGCUUUGUCCAUGUCCCAUGACCUGUGGGGUGUGUCCAUGUGCUAUCCCUCUACCUCCUGUACUCCGACCCCUAGUGAGGACCCACCCAUGUUACGUGACCCGGGUUUGAACUAUGACCUCUGAAUUGAGUGACGUGACCUGAGUCUCAGCCAGAUAACCAAUAAACACACUGCCCUUUUUAUACUCUGCCCCUCGGUUCACUUUCAUUUAUAUAAACAUGGUUUCAGCUAAAUGUGGUGUAUGUGUGCCGGACCAGGAGUGUCUACUUACCACAACCUGUUAAAUGUCCUGGACAGGGCAUGUGGUUAGGAAAAAUGUGUAUGUGUGUGCUUAAACUAGUGUUAAUACACUUUAGGUAUGGAUUGAUGUGUAAUCUUUCCUACUGAAAUAAAAACCUACUUGAAUUGUUGAA